GCGGGGCGCUCGGUGCAGCCCCCCGAGCAGGCGGGAGAGGAGUCCGAGCCCGGCAGCCUGCUGGGCCCGCGGCAGCUCUCACCAGCCGGCUGCGUCCCGUCCCGUGGUCCCUUCUGCCGGCGGCCCAGCCCUGGCCGCGCCCAGCCCCGACCAUGCCGCCUGCGGGGCCCCGCGAGGCUGCGCCGCUCGCCCUGAUGGUCCUCUUGGUGCUCGGGGCUCCCCUGGCUCUGGCUGGCGAGGACUGCCUGUGGUAUCUGGACCGGAAUGGCUCCUGGAAUCCGGGGUUUAACUGCGAGUUCUUCACCUUCUGCUGCGGGACCUGCUACCAGCGCUACUGCUGCAGGGACCUGACCUUGCUCAUCACAGAGAGGCAGCAGAAGCACUGCCUGGCUUUCAGUCCCAAGACCAUAGCAAGCAUCGCCUCUGCUGUGAUCCUCUUUGUUGCUGUGGUUGCCACCACCAUCUGCUGCUUCCUCUGCUUCUGUUGCUAUCUGUACCGGCGGCGCCAGCAGCUCCAGAGCCCAUUUGAAGGUCAGGAGAUUCCGAUGACAGGCAUCCCAGUACAGCCAGUAUACCCAUACCCUGCGGACCCCAAAGCUGGCCCUGCACCCCCACAGCCUGGCUUCAUGUACCCAGCUAGUGGUCCUGCUCCCCAGUAUCCACUCUACCCAGCUAGGCCCCCAAUCUACAACCCCGCAGCUCCUCCACCCUAUAUGCCACCACAGCCCUCUUAUCCAGGGGCCUGAAGAUCAGCCACAUCUCUGCUGCCCCUUCAGUGAUACCAGCUUUGGAAGAUUCCCCAUACUGUCCUGCAUCCUGCCCUGGGGUGGGCAUGGGUCUUCUAGUCACCACGCUCUAGACCAAGCCAAGUCCUGGUGCCUACUGGGGACAGUGCCCCAGAGAAGUGGAAUAGGAACUGAACUGGAACUAGGCUAUGAAUGAGGGGUGGUGGGGAGGGCUUGGGAUUGAUGGGCUAUUUUCAUUUGGGACGAAAGAGAAAGCUUGGGUCACACCUCCAGCUUUGAAGUAGUCCCUCUGUUCCCAGGAUCCCAACUGGAAAAGCUGUGUCUCCUCCUAUUUGCCCAUUUUGUGUUGGGGUAGGAGCAGUGGGACACUCCAUCAACAACUGGCAAUAGCCUUCCUCCUCUGGCUGUCCGCUGGCCAGGGCCCUGGCCUGCUGGAUUAAAGCUGUACAGAUGUGA